CUGCUUUCCUUAUUCUGAACUGUGUUUAGAUGGCAGAGAUAAACCUUGAUGGAAGACAGGCUAGAUUCUACUUUAUUAACCCACUCUCCCAGUGACGCAGACAGUGUGCUGGAGGGUCCAAAUCUAUUGGAAGGUUUGCAAUUAAAUGUUUAUUUGACAGAGGUCCUUAUCCUGGCUUUUAUAUCAUUCAGAAGAGCAGCAUUAUCGCAACAGGUCAUUUCCCUAGCAGAACAUUUGUAAGGUACAUUGCCUGUAGCAAACAUGGAAUGUGGUCCCUGUAAAUGGCUGAAGGAAAGAAGAGAGUCACGUGGCCUGGUGCUUUUCGUGGUAUUUGUAGCUCUGUUGCUGGAUAACAUGCUUUUCACAGUUGUGGUACCAAUCAUUCCUAGCUUCCUUUAUGACCAAGAAUAUGGAAACAAAAGCGUAUCCGUUUUGUCAGUUCCUACUAACAACUCCACUUCUGUCUCCAUCUACUCACUAUAUAAUAAUUCCAUCAUUUCCAUCUCAAGUCAACAUUCAAUAGAAUACAGGAAUGACACCCAGGGACCAAAUAACACAGAUAUGUGUCCCAAGCAGAAAGGCUUUUUAAGGGAUGAAAAUGUGAAAGUAGGUUUACUCUUCGCAUCUAAAGCCAUCUUACAGCUCCUGAUAAACCCUUUAGUGGGUCUGUUAACCAACAGGGUGGGAUAUGACACUCCAAUGUUUGUUGGAUUUAUCAUCAUGUUUAUAUCAACUAUCAUGUUUGCUUUCUCUGGUACUUACACACUUCUCUUCGUGGCUCGGUCAUUGCAGGGAGUUGGAUCUUCGUUUUCCACUGUGGCAGGAUUGGGCAAACUGGCAAGUGUUUACCUUGAUGACUAUGAAAGAGGACAAGCUAUGGGGAUUGCUUUAGGAGGUCUGGCUAUUGGAGUCCUCACUGGAGCUCCCUUUGGAUCUAUCAUGUACGAGUUUGUUGGAAAAGCCUCCCCAUUUUUGGUCUUGGCAGUCCUAGCAUUACUGGAUGGAGCGCUCCAGCUGUGUAUAUUGCAACCUUCCAAAAUUUCUCCAGGGAGUACUGCACCAACAUCUUUUUUUACACUGCUAAAGGAUCCAUACAUUCUAGUGGCUGCUGGGUCUAUUUGCUUUGCCAAUAUGGCUAUUGGCAUAAUGGAACCAACAUUACCAAUUUGGAUGAUGGAAACCAUGUGCUCGCCCAAUUUGCAUCUUGGUCUGGCUUUUCUGCCAGCCAGUAUCUCAUACCUUAUAUGCACCAACCUCUUUGGAAUCCUAUCACACAAGAUGGGGAGGUGGCUCUGCUCUCUAAUUGGAAUGCUGUUGGUGGGAAUAUGUCUUAUGUGUGUGCCCUUGGCUGUUAAUAUUUAUGGACUCAUUGGUCCUAAUGCUGGGAUAGGCAUCGCCCUUGGUAUGGUUGACUCAUCCAUGAUGCCUAUUAUGGGACAUCUUGUUGACCUGCGCCAUACCUCAGUCUAUGGUGGGGUGUAUGCCAUCUCUGACAUAGCUAUCUGCUUAGGAUAUGCAGUGGGUCCUUCUUCUGGUGGAGCAAUUGCAAAAGCGAUUGGAUUCCCUUGGUUAAUGGUGAUAAUUGGUGUAUUAAAUCUUCUUUAUGCUCCCCUAUGUAUCUUACUGCGUAAGCCACCAUCGAAAGAGGAGAAGCUGGCCAUACUGAAUCAAGAAUAUACCAUGCAAACCAAAACCUAUAGGACACAAAGCGACUUUCCAGAUCUUCCUCUCUCAGAUCACAGUGAUGGGGAAAUGAGCACUUCACCGCAGAUGGCCAAAGAAACCAACCUUAAAGAUCACAACAACUGAACAUGCAGAAAGCAAAAUUCACUAACAGACCUCACCACCUUUACUGGUUCUUGUUUUCUAUGCAAAUAAUUUAUUAAAGAAAGAAUAGAUGAGUAAAAUGUAGUGCAUAUAAGAUAGGAACUGGUGAUGCAGGAAAGACUUGAAUUUUGUGCAGUCACCUAUUAAUAAUAAAAAUAACUGCAUUAAAAGUGCCCUGUUUUAGCAAUUAAAUAUGUACAAAUUAAAUCAUAACCGUACCCUAUUAAAAACCAGCAAAACAGGGUUGCCUAACCUGUCAUUGCUUUUCACCUAUAUCUCUCGCUGCUCCCAAACGUUCUAUGUUUGUGUUUGAACCACGAAAGCAGAGCAGCACAUUAACAUAUACAAUAUUUAUAAGCUGUUUAUUGUUUCAUAUACAGUAUUGUGGCUUUAUAGUAAUAGAUUUGUAUAUGACCCCAGAUUAUUUAUCUACAUGUACCUAUUUGCAACACACAAACUUCAAACCAUAGUGACUUCUCCAAGAGUUGAAUUUGGGAGGUAGCUUACUUUUUCUCCCUGGCUAAUUCAUGUUCUUUCUGAAUGAAACAAUGUCAUUUGUUUCUUAGCGGCCGAUUCUAUAAAAUUCUUCAGUCUAGAUGUGGUUUUCGAUGCUGACACUCACAGGGGCAGCCCUCAUGUAAUUCUAUAAAAAAAAAUGUCUGUCCCUGCGAGUGGCAAGAUGUCUCCCAUAGAAAUAAUGACAGCUCUCUGUUACAUAAACAUAAGCACUGGCGGACGAAGUACAGAGGGAGACCCCGGCAUAUGUUUAAACUUAAAGGGACACUAAACCCAAAAUCUUUCUUUCAUGAUUCAGAUAGAGAAUAGAAAUUUAAACAACAUUACAAUUUACUUCUAUUAUUUAUUUUGCUUCAUUUUUUAGAUAUCCCUAGUUGAAGAAAAAGCAAUGCACAUGGUGAGCCAAUCACACAAGGCUUCUAUGUGCAGCAACCAAUCAGCAGCUACUAAGCAUAUCUAGAUAUGCUUUUCAGCAAAGAAUAUCAAGAGAAUAAAACAAAUUAGAUAAUAGAAGUAAACUAGAAAGAUGUUUAAAAUUGCAUUCUCUUUCUAAAUCAUGAAAUAAAAAAUGUGGGUUUCAUGUCCCUUUAAAUAUUACCCUUAAUACAAAACAAAUGACACUGUUUUCAGUGCACUGUACCUUAAAUUUGCUGUUAUUUUCAUAUAUACAUAGGUUUUCCUUUCAAAGUAAUUCUUUUUUUUUUUUGAGUAUUUUUAAAUAAGAUCGCCACCUUUAAAAUUGUGAGAAAAAAAUAGUGAGAUCUGUAAAGAAAAAAUGUUUACAGAAUUACGCAGAGAUUUGAGUGAAAAUUUCAUACACACCCAUGGAACGUCCAUGUUUAGCCAAUUUUACAACAAAAAAACAAUUGUUUUGUAUUUUGUAGUAUCUGUGUUUUUUGCACAUCCAGUAUACUUAAAUUACGAUUUACACUGUGCAUAUUUAAUAUGAUUUAUUUCUGUUUCUGUGUAAUUUAGAUACAAAUUUUAUGUUUUUGAUUAAAUAUAAUUUUUGGUGACCAA